AUGGGAAAUUAUCAAACCAAACCAAGUAAAGAAGAGGAGAAAUUAAUAAAUAACUAUUAUAUUAAUGAUAAUGAAGUUGAUUUAAUAAACUAUAACAUUGCAUUUUAUAAACAAAUAUAUGAAUUUAAUUAUUUACCCGGACACAUUAUAUUAAGAAUUUUCUCAAUUGUACAAAAUAACAUUCAAGAACUCCCAUCCCAAGAAUUUUUUAAUUUAUCAAUAGUAUGUAAACUUUGGAGAUACUAUGCAUUCCACUCUGUAAUUAAAAUAAAAAUGGUUCCGGAAAGAUUGGAAUCAUUAUUAAUACCAUACAAAACAUCAGUAUUGGAUAAUGCAUUUUUAUCAAUUCAGUGUAUGAUCAACAAUGGCUCAAAAUUAAGAAUAAUUGAUUUUUCAAAUAUAGAAAUAGACAAACCAAGAGCAAUGUUAAUAUCGAAAUCAUUUGUAGAAAGCAAAUCAAUUAGGGCCCUCAAUUUUGAAUAUUGUUACCUUGACUCCGAGGCUGUUAUAGAAUUAUGUAAAGGUUUAGAAAAGAAUGAAUCUGUUAAAGAUUUGGACUUUAAUAAUAAUAAAAUUGGUCCAGAAGGUGCGAUUGCUAUUGCAAAUAUGCUAAAGGUUAAUAAAUCAAUUGAAACCAUCAAUCUAUCGCACAAUGAAAUAGGAAAUCAAGGAGCAAUAGUUAUUGGUGAAAUAUUAAAAUCAACAAAAAGAAAAGUUAAAAUGAAUCUUUCAAGCAACCAUAUCGGUGAUGAAGGUGUAUUGGCAAUUGUAAAAGCAAGACAACAAAAUAAUAAUGGUGCCAAAACCUCCUAUGUCUAUAAGAGUGGUUUAACUUUUAAAACCAUUAAUGGUAAAUCCACUGUGGUUUGCCCUUAG